AUGGCGCUCUUGAAGUUUGCCGGCUUUCUCCUCCUCCUCUGGCUUCUUUUCAUCGGUGAAGCGGUUCAUGCGAGCAGCGCAAGCUUCGAUGAGAACUACCGAAUAACAUGGGGUUACGAUCACAUCACGCCUUUGGAUGGCGGCCAAGAGAUUCAGCUCUCAAUGGAUGCUUCUUCUGGAUCGGGGUUCGCGUCGAAGAAGAGCUACGGAUCUGGAUUUUUCCACAUGGAGAUGAAGCUGCCGGGGAGGAAUUCCGCCGGAGUCGUCACCACUUUUUACCUGAUUUUGCACGGGAAUAGGCAUGACGAGUUGGACUUCGAAUUCCUAGGCAACAGGGAAGGCAAACCGAUCACGCUACAGACCAAUGUGUUUGCAGAUGGAGUUGGCAAUAGGGAGCAGAGGUUCCUGCUCUGGUUUGAUCCGACAGCUGAUUUUCACUCUUACAAGAUCCUUUGGAAUCAUCAUCAGAUCGUGUUUUACGUGGAUGACAUCCCCAUAAGAGUGUUCAAGAACAACAAGCGGAUCGGAGUGCCCUACCCGACGCAGCCCAUGCAGAUUGAGGCAACCCUGUGGAAUGGGGAUAGCUGGGCGACGGAUGGGGGCCAGACCAAGAUAGAUUGGAGCUACGCGCCGUUCCGGGCCCAAUACCGAGGCUUCAACAUCUCCGGCUGCGAGUUCCAGAGCCAAGACCCCCGCCACUGCUACUCCUCGGCCUACUGGUGGAACUCGUGGAGUCACUGGAGUUUGGACGAGGAGCAAGAUAGGCAGCUCGACAACGUGAGGAAGAAUUUCAUGAGCUACGACUACUGCACAGACAGGUCUAGAUAUCCCGUGCCGCCGCCCGAGUGUAUUUAA